AUGCCUACUGUGAAUGCUACUGAAAACAUGAUACGAACAUGCUCGGGUCUAGAGGUCUUAGUCAUUUGUUAUUCAGUUGAUAAGAAUGAGCAUCAACUCAUGAACUACAACAUCUUCCCUAAUCCAAUGAACCCCCAGCAAAUUGCGCUCGAAGUCCAACGUGGAGCCGAGCGGGCUGGUCACGCCUAUCGAUCGUUCAGCCAAGGUACACCUAUCCCUUCCUCUGUAACCGAGUCUGAUGGCUUUGGUGAAGGACCACUCUACACUUGGCCCGACAUCAUUCCAGAUGGUCUUUAUGUCUCGCAACUGAAGAUCAAGACCAAGGCAAACGAGAUUGAUCUGUGCUCUUCCAGCACCGUUGCAUCUGCGACCCCAAACCCGUUCGAUUACGCGGAAGACAGCCCUUCCAAAACUCCAGGUGGUCAACCCAAGGUUCCCAAUGGUCCCAUGGGUCCCAUGCGUCUCCUCGCAGUCUCAUACACCUCAUAUUUAUUAAAAGGCACCGAUUUAUCCAAGGGGUCAUCUAGACCUAAAAAACCGGUUUAUAGUUCAAUCCCCCUUCCUUGCGCCAAGAUUCUUUUUGAUAUCACCUCUUUCAAAUGGCAGAGCUUGAAGAAAAUCAUCUGGUCAUUAGCCAGUGAAAUCGACCCAACUGACGAUGAACUCAAGGGGAACGCCGCAAUUCUCAAAGCCGCCAAUGCCAGUAACCAGGUGCUCAUUAUGGGUUACAUAGCAAAACACACCACUUACGCCAAAGGACUCAAAAAGGUAUUAGAUUCCGAUCAGACUCUUGAAUCUUUUUAUCAAGCUGUCGAGGCGUCACCAGGCACCGACGCCGGAUUCACAAUUAUCAUGGAAAAUCCCACCAAAGCGGCUCAAGAAGCAGCUGAUAGUCUCACCAAGAAGCAAGGCCGCCUCCAAGCCCAAAAUCACAUCGAUAAUGUGCCCACCAGUACCUCUGCCCUUGCUCGCUUAGCACCGGUCGAUUGCAACAAAGAACAACUCACCGCUUUACAGCUUCACCUUGGCUCUUUCAAAAACCACAACCACGAGGGUUGGCGUAUCUUCAAUAAGGACGACCUGUCCUUAAAGAUGGAAUUGAACUUCCGUAACUUGAUUGUUUGGGCCAAAGAAUUGACUUUGACACCCUUCAACGCAUCCUUCCACACCUGCCUCCGCGACUACUUGAACUUUUGCGACCUUGAUGAAGAAGUCAUGGACGACAUCGAAUCGAUCUUAUUAGCCAACAAGAUCACUCGGUUCCACCGGUUCCUUUUCCCUGAUGUCUUGAAUGCCAAGAACAUUGAGUCUUGGGGGAUCUCCUGGGGUCACACGAUGGAGCUUAUGACUCAUGCCCGUCGAUUUUAUAUAGUUCAAGUUGAUGCCGAUGAGCAACGUCGAACCAAGGGCAAGGGACGAGCAAUUUUCCCCAAUUCUGACGAAAUCUGA